AUGGACGUCGUCCAGCCGCACGGCGCCACCGCGGAGAAGAUCUUCACGAUCCGCCGGCCCAGUUGGACACAGUGUCGUCGAAUGGCUAUCCUCGGCAUGGCAAUGAGUGUUGUUGAUGGCGGUACAACACCAGGUCAGGUAGCAUUGGCGGCCUCGAAUGCUGGGGAGGUGGUGCAGUGUGCCCCAGAAGGCUACUCGAAGAUCGCAACCUUCCAGUCGAGCGAUCCCAACUUCCUUCAAUACCGUAAAUUCGGCUAUCUCCACUCCCGAGUGCUCUCAGCGUUGCAAUUCGACAUUGAGAAGCUCGAAAAGCAGCUGGACAAGCUGGACGACUUUGACAAGAGUUCUCCAAAUGGAGAUGCUCGGAAGUUGUCUUCGUUGGCCAGGGAUAAUUUGGACGGUAGUCCGGAGAGGUUGAGCAACAAUGAGGAGUUCCAGAAUAGGUUCGCGAAGACGAGACCAGAAAUGUUGACCGAGCUCAGGGCGAAGCUCGCGGAAUAUGACGAGAUGCUUCUGAAGACAAAAGCCGUCACGUCGCUGCAGAAGCCAUCCAGAAUGGACUAUGUCAGUGUGAAAGACUGGUUUGUCGAAGAGAAGCCAGUCAUCGACAAGGAAGCGACCUUCAUCCUUCGAAAAGAGGACAUCAUCACAUUGCGGGAUGGCAGGGAGUGUGCCGCGUUCGACAAUCUCGUGGAGCGGGCGCUGGCCAAAGUCGACAAGUUCUUGACGGUCCGCUGUAGAUGUACUGUCGUUCGGCAACUCUUCACCACCCCCGAACUGCGAGCCAAGACAUCCGACAAACUCAUCCACUACUACGCUCCCGCUCGAGUCGACAGUCUGGUCAACGUCAUCAUCACGGCCAUCAUCUUCAUGCUGAUGAUCUUGCCCGUAUACCAGAUGUCUGAGGACGAUGGAGCGAAGCCGUUCGAGGCGAUUGGCGUGUUGAUGUUCUUUACAUUGCUGUUCGGGUGUGCUAUGUCCAGUCUUACCAGAGCGAGUCGGCAGGAGCUGUUUGGUGCUUCUGCGGCGUAUUGUGCGGUGCUGGUGGUGUUUGUUAGUAAUUUCACGACGCAGACGGUCAACAUUGAGAAGUAGAGGACUUGUCAGUCAAGUGCCGUUCGACAGUCUUGCUUCGUGGCGACACAGGACAGUAUCGUAUCAGUGCAAGGAGCCAUUGUCAUAUCUGCCCUAUCAUGCUGUCUGUGAUUGAAAAAG